CAUGGAGGAUGAAGUUGAUUAAAGAGGCUGCUGUAUUUUUGUGAUCAGAUUUACCCAAAUAUCACAGCUGUUAGUUUGGCUAGCUCAUUGCCUGUCUUGGGAAGAAUUUAAGGCAAUAUAUUUUCUCUAGUGACAGGUUCUAGAAUUCAGUGACGGUGUUUUGGGCGGCUCGAGGAGCAGCAGCAGCGAUGGAGGAGUUCGGGACUAUAAACUUCCCCAUGUUAGCAGACGAAGAAGAAAGCUGCAGUGCCUCUGCUGUACCAAGUAACGGUAGAUGUUACAGCACUUCACUGCAGGGUGUUUUCGUUGAAGAGUGCAUGGCGUCUGCAUCAGAAGACAGCAUGGCGUCCCUGUGCCAGAGCCAGCAGCAGUGUGUGAAGGCCUCCAUCGUGUCCAGCUGGCAGCUGGUGGAGGCUCAGGACCAGCUGUGUGGGCUGGAGCUGCACGGCUCCGAGAGUGUUGAGCAGGAGCAUGCCCGCGCCAUUGCCAGCCAAUCAGAGCUCUCUCAGACGGAACAAGAGUGGCGCCGGAAGGAGAACAUGCUGGGAGGCAGCAGAAGCCCUGUGCUCAGUGCUGACAGCAGCCAGGAUGUGUUUGACAAGAAAGAGGCGUUGAUGGAGCAGGUAGCUCACCAGGCUGUUGUUAUGCAGUUUAUCCUGGAGAUGGCCAGCACCUCCCAGCAGGACCCCAGAGGCUGCUUCCGUCAGUUCUUCCACAAAGCCAAAGCAGGACAAGAGGGGUACUUGGACGUAUUCCAUACUGAGCUAGAGGCCUUUAAGCAGAGAGUAAAAGAGCACACUGUCAAGUGCAAAGGAGAGACACUCCCUAACUUUACAGAGCACCAGAGCAGCACAGCACGCUGUCGUCCGGACCCCAAAGAAGUUCUAGAAUCUUUACCCCCUGAACUGAAGUCCGGCUUCCAGCUGCAAGACAUGCAGAUUCUCCAGAAUGUUCUCAGCACCAUGAAUCCACAGGUGGCAGAGUACCAUGUGAAGCGCUGCCUGGAGGCUGGCUUGUGGACCAACAGAGAAGGGAGAUGGUCCAAGGAGGACGCUACUUUAGAAACAGACGACCUGCGCAUGAUGGAGACAUAGCGAAUGUGGCGCAAGCGCCCUCCUUCUCCCCAUCAGUUCAUGACACUCAAUAGAAAUAUUACAAAAUGGAGGAAAAAAGGGCUGAGCUCCCACAGACUUAUUUUUGUAUGCCGCAGAAUCAGCGCUGGAAUGUGUCCUGCACUUUAUAUUUGUUCAAAACAAAAAAAGUAUUUAAGGGAAGACAAUUGGUAGGUAUUUUGAAGUGCUUACUGUACCUUUGCUUAUAUCGCUAAAGUAUCUCUUAUGUCAUAUCUUGAAGGGAGUUUGAAACAGUUUUCAUCUACAGUAGGUUUGACUGGACCCGGCGCAGUCCUUCCCUAGCAGGAGGGGGGAAAACCUGAGCAUUAGAAUAAAACACGCUCUUGCUGUAAAUAAAAGUACAUAUUGUUUUUUAAUUGAAGAAACAAAAGGCCCGUUCCUGUACUCAUGGUUCUGCAGUGGACAUCUCCGACGUGCUGUCUAAAACUGCUAUGAUACUAGCGUUAUGUGGUCAAAACUGUCCGAGAAACUUUCAGAGGAACUGCUCAGUGCUCCUUUAAACUCCUGCGUGUCCAGUUCGUCGUCAUUAGGCCAAACAUUGACAGUACCACGGUGUUGCCACGACGACGUAACUAUGCAAAGUGAUCUGUUGACCGCUGUACCCGAAUUCUUUUGUUUUUGUUACUGCUCGUCACUCCACCUCAACCAACCCUCCAAAAAUGUGUCCGUCUGUCUAUGUCGUCACAGAAGAAUGAGCUUCUCAACAUACGUGUGUGGCUGCUAAACCUGCUCACAGACUUGAUUGUGGAAUAGAAACAGAUCGUAAAACUUUCUGGCUGACGUAGCGUGAUUAACAUCCUGUGUCAGGCUCUGCUUCGGUGCUCUGUUUGAAAUAGAACAGCUUUAAAACAACUGUGUUCAGGGGGAAAUGCUUUUCACAGGCCUACCAGCCAUAUUAGGGACUUAGACUUUUGCGGAGCGUCCAAGGUUGACAUUAAAUGGAAAACUGUUUGUUGCUUUUCACCAUUUUUAAAAAUGUAUUAUAUUUGUUUAUUUUAAAAUUUUAAACAGUUAGCCUGAAUACAGUCUCUUCCAGCAAGUGAGACUUGAUAA